AAAUCGAGCCUUGUGCCUUUAGUAGAAAGGAUUAUUAUUAUUAUUAUUAUCAUCAUCAUCAUGGUCAUCAUGAUCAUCAUUUCGUUAGCACGCCGGACAAAAUGCUUUGUAGCAGUUCUCCCGGCAUUUACAUUCUGAAUUCAGACUGUGCCGAGAUCGUCUUUGCUUUUCAACUUUUCGAGGUCGAUGAAAUAAGAAUCAGCUGAGCGCUGGUAUGGAUGUAAUCGACUAGCUGUGGUCCCCUAAAAGAUUUCAGGCCUUGCACCGACAUUAGAACAGAGUAUUGUUUGCUGCAGCAGCAGCAGCCGUUGUAGUAGUAGUAGUAGUAGUAGUAGUAGUAUAUGGUUUCAAUAGCCUUGGAUACGGGUGAAGACAUAAGUGGCUGUUGUACAGGUUACAAACAAACAGAUCUUCCUCAUAAAUCCACAUGGUCUCCUGUUGUCAUGGUAGCAGGAAAUUAAACUUCUGGACAUACAUGCACACACACACACACACACACACACACACACACACACACACACAUACAUUCACACGCACAUAUUUGAGUAUGUGUAUCUGAUUUAAGUGUGUGUAUGUGUGUGCUUGUGUGCUGCGCAUAUCUGUUUUUGCGUUCAUUCAAAUUUAUAGACCAUAUUUUGCUGUAUCAGUAUAAGACGAAGAAAACAUCAUACACACUUAGAGAUUCACGUGCACACACACACACACACACACACACACACACACACACAUACACACACACACACACACACACACACACCUACGUCUACAAACAUAUUUUCAUAGCGUAACAACUGUGUGUCGAAACGCCCAUUUGUAUUUGUCUCUACGCACAUACAACACCACCACCACCACAUGCAUUCAUUACGAGAAUGUACAUAAUUAUAAAACUAUAUAUAAACAUGCGUACGAUCUGGUCGACAACAAUGAAUGUUGAAUAGAAGCAUUUCAGGACUACGCGUCUAACAUCGAUUACAUGACUUGGGAAUAUAAGACUGAAUUACGUGCGGAUGUUAAUGUAAGAUAGCUUGCAAGACAACUCAAAGAAGAAAUUGGACAGAGGUAGAAAAAUAGAGAAAACGUAGGGUUAAUGCUAUUCAAACAGCCAGAUUCAUGUGUGACGAUGCCAAAACUCUUUCGUUCAAUGAAGACAGCUUUACACCAAGCUGUCCUCGAUCAACGUUUACAUCAAGUACGUCUGCUGAUAAAACAACGAGUCAAUGUGAACAUACAAGAUUUACACGGCCGCACUCCUCUUAUGGUGGCUUGCUUUCUGGAUGAUGAGACGAAAGCGUUUAAAAUUGUACGUACCCUCAUUCGGGCUGGUUCUUGUUUGGACAUUUACGAUGAUUUCCACCGAUCUGCCUUAUCAUAUGCCGCGUUAAACGGACUGUUGAACGUUCUUUCAUUUUUACUGCAACUAGACAGCUGUACGGACUUUAACGAAGUUGAUAAUAAUGGAAGCACUUUGCUGCAUAUGGCAGCUGAAUCAGGUAAUCCAGAGCUGGUUAACUUCUUACUUGACGAUUUUGAAAAAUAUCAUCAUCACAAAAUUGAUGUAGAGAACUCUGAAGGUUUCACCCCGUUCUUGUUGGCUUGUAAAAACAACAAUUGUGCGUCAGCUUACAUAUUGCUGACUAAAGGCAAGGCUUGUAUAGAUGUAAGGGAUCAUAAAGAAAAUAUGAAUGCUGUAGAAUGGAUUAACGUCAGCCAAAAGUCUAUAUUUCCCACACUGAAAAGUCCUGUUCGAAAUAAAACAAGCUCAAUCGUACACAAUGCGCCAUGUCUUUCUCGUGAAUAUACCAUGUACAGAAGACAUAUUACACCAAUAUGUCGCCAUGUCGGUAAUAACAAGCCAACCACUUUUGCAGGUUCAUAUCGACGGAUGAAUAAUGUUCACUUGAAGCAGAAAGAAAGAUAUUUAGAAGGGUUUGUUGACGCACGAGAAGCACUUCUCAUUGAAAUUGCUAAAAUCAACAAAGAACGUCGACCACUGUCUUCAGAGUCGAAUUCCUCGUCUGUACAUCUUGAUUUAGUAAAUCAGACAUGUUCGACUGAGCGUACAAAAACUGACUUGCUCUUACCACAACUAUUCCAGUUGUAUUCUGAACAACUUUUAGAAAACAACACACAACAGUUAUCUGCCUUGACACUUACAAGUUCUCAUUUAAAACAAUCCACCACGGACUAAUUCCACCCGCAAAUGUUUUUCAAUUAACUCCUGCCAUUCCAAAUAGUAAACUUCCAACUUAGUUUAUUAACGUAUUCAAAAUAAUAUAAAUAAAAUAAAUAAAUUUAAAGAUAAUGUUAAUAAUUGUCAGUUUUCAAAAUAAGUUUUUAACCCGUGUUAUAUUUUCAAAGUCUUUGCGAGAAAUUGUCUAUGUAUUUCUAUUACUCCGUGUGAGAAAAAUAUUGAGAUACUAUAAGUGCAAGCGUGGACAUGAGGUUAAUAAGCUGCUUCCCUAAGAUGUGGUCUUAGAUUCAGUCCUACUGCACAGAACCUUGAGCAAGUGUCUUCUAUUAUACGAUGAUGAGCAAAUGGGGUUUAUAUUUCAACAUAGUCCCCUUAGCGGCACACACACUUCUUCCGUCAGUGUUGCAGUGUUUGCAUCCUAUUGGCGAUGAAGCUUUCAUCCUGCUGGUCAAAAACGUCAGCAGCAGACAUGAUGUCCUCAUCAUUGCGAUACUGAUUCCCAUCCAUGUUGCCCUUUCGUGUUGGAGAACAUAUGAUAGUCAGAUGGGGCCAAACCAAGAGAAUAGGGAGGGUGGUCAACCAGUUCAAAGCCACUGUCACACCAUAGAGUCAUUGAAACCAAAUUCUCGUGUGCUGGAGCAUUGCUCUCAUGAAAGAACAGCCCUUUCGUCAGCUUUCUUCGGAAUUUGGUCUUAGUAGCCCCUCGUAACUGCCUCAAAAAGUUGGCAUAGUACUCUCCAUUGGUGGUGUGGCCCUUUUCAAGAUAGUCAGUAAACUCAAUGCCUUUUCCAUUGCAAAAAACUAAGGUUAUCACCUUCCCUGCAGAGGAAACAACUUUGACCUUCUUUGGAUCAGGUGAGGAGGGGUUGUUUCCACUGUAUGGAUUGUCUCUUUGUCUCUGGCUCAAAGUGAUAAACUCUACACUCGUAGAUCCAGGCCGACCGCAGCCUUGUGAGUGAAUUUGGUAGACGAAAACUGAGUGGAAGCCCGUCGUAUAUGGAACGGUUGUAACGGUAAUGAAUGGUGCAUUCAUGUGUUUUUAUUAUAGUUUUACAUCACACUGAAUCUCAUAGGAUAAAAUGCUUUAUAGCACGAGGUCAAGUGCAUUACAUUCGGACGUCAACUUCAUCUUUCAUCCUUUUGGAAUCAUCGAUGAAAUAAGUAACAGUUAAGAACUGGGGGUCAAUGUAAUCGACCAUCUCCUUUCCUCAAAAUUUCAGGUCUUAUACCUAUAGUAGAAAGAAUUAUUAGAGGCUAAAAGGAUGAUAGGGGUUAGUCGAAGCAUUUGAACGCCGGACAAAAUACUUUACGAUAUUUGUUCUGCUUUCAAAUCCAAGAAAAGAAAACUUUUGCUAUUAUUAAAUAAUUAAUCACACUAAUGUAUUGAUUAAUUAUAUUUAUUAUUUUAUACAAUUGUGUUAUUAAUCAUCAAAGUUAUUUUUGUUGCUUAAUUUGUAGUAAUCAGUAUAAAAUCUAUGAUGUAUAUAUUUUCGUUUGCCUGGGAGCAAGAACGGCUGAUUGUGUUGCCCAGGUAGACAAACCUGUCUACCACUUUGAGAAUUGUUCCUUCAACCAAGAUAGCUGAUUCUACAAAUGGUUUUCCUGGUGAAGGCUGGAACAUUACAACAGUCUUGUCCAGACUAAUGCUGAGUCCAAAUGCCUUGCAAGAAGCAGAAAUGCAAUUCAUGAGUAUUUGCACGUUAUCCACUGUAUGAGUGACUGAGUCACAGUCGUCUGCAUAAAGGAGGUCACGAAUAAUAGACUGGAAAACUUUUGAAUUGGCAGCAAAUCGACGCAGAUUAAAGAGGCGGCCAGAACAUUGAUACCUGACAUAUAUUCCCAGAAAGCUAACCUUAGCAAAAGCAUGAGUAAAAAGCAGCAGCAAAGUACAAAGAAAAGAAAGUUGGGGUAUUGAUGUCACCUUACUUGAUACCAUUCUCUACAGGAACGGCUCCCGCCAUGUCACCACCAACAUUGACCCAAACCUCCAUCCCAUCAUGAAAUAAUUUAUUUAUAGAUACAAAGUGAUCCGGACAUCCAAAUUCGCCAUGUAUUUACUAUAGCAAGGCCCUAUUCACAAUAUCAAAGGCCUUCGUUAAAUCUAUGAAUAUCUGGACGAGAUCUAUAUUCUACUCAUAGCACUUCUCCUGCAUCUGUCUUGCCGUUGGAAGGGGAAUGAUCCGUGGUGGUUUUCAGUUUCCUCAAGGUCAACCUUCUGUGGAUUGCUGUCGAUAAAAUAAAUAAUCAAUACGAAUACCAGUAAAAAAUCGUUUGGGGAGGGAUCGAUUACAUCAGCUAUAAGCUCUCCUAGCCACAAAUUUCUAAGGCUGGGCUUUUGACAAAAAUCGUUAUUCACAUCAACCAACUAUGACCGUCGUGUAUCUCUUCAAGCAACGUGUAUGGAGGAUCACAUUAAGCAAUAUGUUCAUUGUUGAGGAGGAAUGUGUGAUUUGAACUUAUUGUGUCUGGUGGAUCGAUUGAUUAAAUAAACAUUCUUUAAUUGGC